GAAAGCGAGAGAGAGCGUGAAGGGUGGGGGGAAGUGAGAAAGAAAGAGAAGGAGGGAGGGAGAAACAGAGCAGGGUCUGUUGACCACAGAGGCUGGUUGAUCUUUCCUCUGUCCUUCAUCCAUGGCCAAACGGUGCUGACUUCCUCCAUUCGCUCUUACCAAAGGGACAGAAAGACGGAAGGAGAAAGAAGAAAGCGGAAACGGUUUCACAGUGGCUUCCGGGAACGCAGGGGCAAGCUGCAGCCCUGGAGCUAUUACUGCUGGAUGGGCAAGUGCUGACAAAACAAGGCGAGGGAGGGACACUUGAGAGACACGGACGCCUGCAGAUCUAAGAUUCCUCCUUUUUUUACAGAGACCUUGCCUUGAUCGACGGUUGAAUCCCAUGCUCUUCUUCGAAACUGACGUAAGAGAGUACGUGGAAGCGAGAAGAUCCGAGUCUGGGUUUCCCAACAGGAAAGAAAGGGUGUGUGUGUGCAUGUGUGUUUGUAUGUGUGUGAGAGAGAGAGAUAGAGGGGACUUCCUUGAACUUUGAUCCUUCAUAGGGAGGGCUGAAAGAGAACUGUUUAUGAUUAGCAGGCUUUGUCUCUUUCCUUUCUUGGUAUUGCUUUGAAUGUGAACUGGUAGUAUUUCUGGACAUGUGUGCUUUAUUUUGUGAGAUUUUACUGAAGCCAAUGAUGAGCAAAAACUAAUUUUGGGGAUUUUGUUCUGUGUUUUUUUUUUUAAAUAGCGGGAAGAGAGUUUGCUAGAUCUGCGAACACACAACAAGAACUGGUUUGACUUGUUAGUGACCUGUGGGCAGGGCAACUGUCUCAUGCACAAGUAGCACGAGGUUGUUAAUGCUCCCUGGCUGAGAUGAGACAUUUCAGUUCUUCUUAAGCGGCGCUUUACUUUUGCCCCAGUUUCGGCGCGGGGCUCUACAUGUUUAUGUGUAAAUUAUAGUUUCCUGUAAAAGGGGCAGGCUGUACAUUACUCACUCUUUACUGAACUCUGAACCGCUUUUUAAAGCAAACGGUCUUGGAGAGCCCCGAAGGAUUACUUUUAAGUUACACCGAGUGACUUUUAAGAUCACCAGGACUACAGAAAACAGAAGCUGAUCAACUGUCUCUGCUUUUUGAAAAGGGCCCUCAGAUCAGACCGUGUCAACAUUUGGAGAGCAAGCGUCACUGUUUACUUUUUACCUACCACACUCAGGAAGCUUGAGGUAAAUGUCUGCAGUGUGAACUCUCACACACAGUCAGAGGCAAGCCUGAAUACUCACUGUUGGAAGAGGAUUUUGUGAAAAAAAGCCCUGGUGGUGCACACAGCGAUGGCCAUGGUGGGUGGGGGAUGGGGCAACCCUAAUGGGAGCACCAAUGGCCUAGGGGAGAAGGGCUACCUGCGGGGGGAGGAGGACGAGAGCUCUCCCCAGGCAGGGAACAGCGAUGCUGAAGGCGGAGAGGAUGACAAGGCCUGCGUGGUGGACUGUGUGGUGUGUGGCGACAAGUCCAGCGGGAAGCACUACGGCGUCUUCACCUGCGAGGGCUGUAAGAGCUUCUUCAAGAGGAGCAUCCGUCGCAACCUCAGCUACACAUGCAGAUCAAAUCGAGAAUGUCAGAUUGAUCAACAUCAUCGUAACCAGUGUCAAUACUGCCGUCUGAAGAAAUGCUUUCGUGUGGGCAUGAGAAAAGAAGUCCAGCGUGGACGCAUUCCACCAACACACUCAGGGAUCAGUCCAACCUCAAUGGUGUCGGGUGGUGGAGGUGGCCCAGGAGGACCAGGCAUGGCAGGGGAGUUUUUCAACGGUCAGCCAGCACCUGAGCUUAUUUCGCAGCUCCUGCGAGCUGAACCUUACCCUAGCAGCCGUUAUGGAGCUCAGUGUGGUCAACAGUUGCCUGGAGGUCACGGCUCCGUCAUGGGCAUCGACAGUAUUUGUGAGUUGGCUGCCAGACUCCUGUUCAGCACCAUCGAGUGGGCCCGGAACAUUCCCUUCUUCCCUGACUUACCUGUCUCGGAGCAGGUGGCCCUGCUGCGCCUCAGCUGGAGUGAACUGUUCAUCCUGAAUGCAGCUCAAUCAGCCCUGCCACUACACAUGGCCCCCCUGCUGGCUGCCGCAGGCUUUCACGCUUCACCCAUGUCUGCUGAGCGUGUGGUCUCCUUCAUGGACCAGGUCAGAGUAUUCCAGGACCAAGUGGAUAAGCUAACGCGACUACAGGUUGACUCUGCUGAAUAUAGUUGCCUCAAAGCCAUAGCUCUCUUCUCGCCAGAUGCAAGUGGACUGACAGACCCAGCCCAUGUGGAGAGUCUGCAGGAGAAGGCUCAGGUGGCUCUGACCGAAUAUGAACGCAUGCAGUAUCCCACUCAACCACAGCGCUUCGGUCGGCUCCUUCUCCGCCUGCCCUCACUGAGAGCUGUCCCUGCAAACCUCAUAUCUCAGCUCUUCUUCAUGAGACUGGUGGGCAAGACGCCCAUCGAGACACUCAUUCGAGACAUGCAGCUCUCUGGCAGCUCCAUCAGUUGGCCUUAUGUGCCUGGACAGUAGCUGGGUCAUGAAAACCCUGGGAGCAUACAACAGUCAGCCACUCAAACAUUUGACUUUUAUGUUCUGUGUGGGCUUAUAGGAUUGUGAUGUGUAAUUUCCUUUUAGUUGCCACCAGAAUAUUCCUGUUGUGUUAUCAAGAUUCAUGUAAUCUUAUUUCUCUUUAGUGUACAUGGAGAAGGAUGGCCAAUAUGCUGUCACAUGUCCUUGGGCAGAUGAAUAGCGUCACUUGAUUUUGGGAUACCUCAGGUUUUUUACGUAAAUAGCAGAACUUAUAGAGGUGACUCUAUUGUACAUAAGCACAGUGACAGAUAAUUGACAAGAAACUAUGAAUAGUAUAGGAAAAUACAAUACUCAUGCAAUUGUUUUCAGAGUUGAAUAUCUUAACGCUGUGAUUACAUGACUGAUCCAGGUCCAGCUUUAACCAGAAACGUUCCUGCCGUACCUAAGAAUAAUUACUGUUUCAAUUAUAACAAUUGAUUAUGUAGUUUAGACAAAUUAACCUACUCAUGAAGGUAUUGCCAUGGACUGCAGUGCUAUGUACGUGAGAAAUCAGUGGUGAAUAUGUAUUGUAAAAUGUGACAGUCACAUUGUUUAAAAAAGCUCUGUGUACUCUUACUUAAUUGGGUCCAAAUUUUUUUUUUUUCAUAUCUUCGGCGAUGAAAAAUAUUUUUGCAUACGAAUAAUUAAAAACCAUUCAUCCAAA